AUGCCGCGCUCCACUCGAUACAAGAGCCAUGUGCUGAGCCUCAGACGCCCCCUCUCCCAGAGCCUGGCCGCCUUGAAGCUCGGUUCUAGCAGGCGGCUUCCGAGGAGGCAGGGCGACUGGAUAGAGGUGGCAGAGGCGGCUGCUGUGGAAGCAUCCGACAAUGCCACUGUACUACCCGUGUUUCCGCUUUCCUCCAUCUACUGGCCUGGCACAGAGGCGCGGUUGAACAUCAUUGAUCCAGCAUACAUUAAGAUGUACGAUGACAUCUUGCUUUCUGGCUCUCGCCGUUUCGUGGUACCGUACACCCGGUCUCUCCCUGGAGGGCGGGUGAGAUAUGCAGAGAUGCCGCGCGAAGACAGGAAAUUAUUUCACGUAGGCUCGCUUCUGUAUCUGACAGAUCUGCAGGAGGUCAGUAGCCAAACUGGGGACCGUGUGAAGUACGUCGUGAGCCAUGAAGUGAAAGGGCGUGUGAAACUGUUGCGCUUGUUGAACCCUUCUGCUUUGUUCGAGACUGAUGAUGAGGGCAAUAAGAUCAAUUAUUUGAACGCAGAGGUCGAGAUCCUUUCCGAGAAUCCUGAGGAGACGACGCCUCACGCUUCGUGGAGGGAAGAGCUCUUGAGCUCAUGGAAGCAGCUCCACCAGCUGUCGCAGCGUUUUGAAGAGCCACGGGUCGCUGAAGACUUCUUCGUGAAGAUCGGUCCCAAUGUGUCCACAUGGGUUCUGUCUGCAGCUUGGCAGGAGUUGCAAGUGGCCACAGAGGUGGACCGCGGCCAGAAGAGGGCAUUACAAGAUGUUGAGCAGUUUCUGAAGGCAAUGAAGCAGCAAAACUCCGAGAUGUCGGGCCAGGAGGCACUUCAACGAGUUCCGAGAGGCCUCCUGCGAGCCCUAUCUGGGAGCGUCGAGCUUUCCUCUGAUUUCUGGGAGCCCUUGCUGCAAAUACUUGCCACCGACAGCACAGAGGACAGAGGCAAAUUCUUGCUUGAGCUGAUACAGAACGAGCUCAAGCUGUCAAACACUCGCUUAUCCCUGAAGAAGGCUCUGUCUGAAGAUUGA